AUGGGGCGGCGAAGAUGCAUCGUCUGCAAGCGGCAGCGGUGCAGGGUUGGAAACGGCCCGAGCCUGAUUGGUGCAGGCACCUCAGAAGCAACGCUUGGCGGGCUCUCGGAUAGCAGGGUGGACACUGCAAGUGUGGUCACCACUACCGACCAGCCAUUUCCUCUGCAAGGCAAUGCUGCUGGCAUAAGAAGCGGCGCCCCCUCUCCAAAAGAGCCUGGGUUGCACGAGCGCGUGUCCCCCACGGCAGCCCCUCAAGUCCGACCUUCCUCGCCGCCGACUGCCACUCAGCCCCCCUCCACCAGCCGCAGCAGGUUCGCGGCGUUCAACAACGCCCUGGAAGGUGCACAACAGCAGAUCGAGGAGAAGGUCAGGAGGGGAGAGCCACUCGAGGAGCCCAUCCGCACGGGCCUCACUGGCGUCGGGGACGAGGACUUUGUGCGCUGGCGAAAGCGCCUCGAGACAGAGUACCUCCUGUGGCUCCACGAGGGCGAAGUCCUGCUGGUGGGGCGGAGACAUCCCGGGCAGCAACAGCCUGCGAAAGUGGUGGUGGACCACCUGAAGGACGAACUGUUCGUCGCGGCGCAACGAAGAGACUCCUUCUGCGGCCGGGCGCCGCUGCGGACGUUUGAAAACGCACGCUAUUGGACGAAGCAGGGGUGGUACCACUGCCACCUGGCGGCGGUCCACUGGAAGUGGGAGUUUCAAUCUACCCAUAGCCCCACCAUCGCGCUCUUCACAUUCGAGCCGGGUGCGAGGAUGGAAUAUGUAGAUUGGAUCGGCAGGAGCUUGACUGAGGGCCUACAGCCCGCCUGCCGUCUCUUCAAUCUGGGUCUAAUCCCCGACCCCACCAGCUUCACCGUGGUCGCGAAGUGGUGUGGGUCCCCGUGUGCGCGCGCGAAGCUCGUCGAGAGGUCUGCCUGCUCCCAAGAGCCGUUUGCUCGUGACAGGGAGCCCGCGGAGCUGGCCAUCCCCCUCGAGAUCCUGUUCGACGGAGAGAAUAAUGGGGGGGAGGCAGAGCCAGUGCCGACUGUCGGACGCGAGGAGGAAGCGCUUGCGGGGCAGAAGCAGGCGCCCAAGAAGGAGCUCGAGGGCGACCAGAGUGGAGCGCCCAGUGGGAAGAAGGGCAAGGAGGGGGCGCAGGAAGGGUUCUCGUCUCAGGUUUCCGACGAGGGCUCUGAGAUGGAGCAAACACUUGAGGCAGCUUCCUUUGCACCAGCACUAGACGACGUAGAGACGGAGGGGCGCUCUGCCGGAAUGGUCAACCUGAACGUGACCUUUGUGCACAUGGUAUAUAAGGAUCGCAUGAGCCAAGGGAUCCAAGGAGAGGCCGAAGAUCACGACAUCCGCUUCGUGAGGGGUGACGUCACGAAGCUCAAGAGGGGAGCACCCAACGAGCCCGCCAUCGUCGUCAGCCUGUGCGACGACUCUGGGCGUUGGGGUGCCACCAGUGUGUUCAAGGCCCUUGAAUGGCUUUCUCCGGAGGUGCGAAGGGCGUACGAAGCGGACGCUGAGGCGGACGACCUGCACGUGGGGGACCUGCACUUGGUCCCCGUCACAGGCUUGGAGUCACUCUACGUCGCCCUUGCGGUAGUUCGGGGGUUCAUCUGGCACGAGGGGACCGGGCGCAGGGUCCUGCUCUUGGACGAGCUCGCGCUGGCGUUUGAGAAGCUGGCGGCAGCGGCUCUCCAGAAAACCGCAUCGGUCCACUUUUUGGGGGUCACCUCUGGUGGGGGCCGAAGGGAGUGGCCGGCAAUUGUGGAGGAGUUGC